GUUAGUAAAAACCUUCGGAAUUUGUUUUGUAUGGAGACGGCAUACGGCAUAGACUAGAUCUAGCUUAGAAUCGUAGACUAGUAGAGACUAGAGUCUAUGAUAUAGCAAGAUCUACGAUUUUUACUUUAAAAAGGCUAGAUCUACUUGUUUUACUCGCAUACAGUUAAAAAUCAACAUACAAUUUUCCCUUCUUAAGUUCUACUAGUUCUAGAGAUCUAAAACUUAAUAUGAUGUCUUAGAUUUUGGGAAUGUCUUUAUUCAAGACUAGAGACUGGUGGUCUAGAUCUGUUGGUGAAGAAGAAGAGUUUGAUCAAGGCUGUUUAUGUCUUGGCAAUAUAGACAAUGACACAAAUGGACUUGAUAAAAUUAUCAUUGGAAGUUUUCAGGGAAUUUUAAGAAUUUAUAAUCCUAAUCCAUCAAAUGCUAACUCUGUUGAGGAUGUGAUACUAGAACAUGCUUUUAAACAACCAAUAUUACAGCUUGAAGUAGGAAAGUUUUCAUCUGCUUCUGAAAGCCAAAAACUAGCCAUUCUUCAUCCAAGAAAAUUAGCUGUUUUUAAUGUGUCUGUACUGUCUGGAACAGUUGAACAUGGCAGCCAAUAUCAACUUAGUCUUUUAUAUGAGCACAACCUGCAGAGAACUGCCUUUAACUUUUGUUAUGGACCAUUUGGUGGGGUCAAAGGUAAGGAUUUCAUCUGUGUGCAGUCUAUGGACGGCACUGUGUCCAUAUUUGAGCAAGAAAGUUUUGCAUUUACUCGUUUUCUCCCGGGGGCUCUGCUGCCAGGACCUAUCAGGUAUAUGCCAAGGCUGGACUCAUUCGUAACUGCCACAUCUUCUUGGAAAGUUGAAGCCUACAGGUAUCAAGUUUUAGCAGUGGCAUCAGAAACUGCUGGAAGAGAAGAAACACAAAAUAUUAAAUCUGGCAAAAAAAUUGCUGUUGAUUGGAGUUUCAACAUUGGCGAACAAGCCUUAGACUUGGUUUAUGUUGAUUAUCCUCCUGCUCAGCCCUUCAUUAUUGUACUGGGUGAGCACACAGUAUUUCACCUGACUGACAAUGGGAUGCUGAAAACAGCUAAAAAGUUAGAGUAUGACCCAAGCUGUGUUCUUCCCUAUGCCUCAUUAAGAGAAAAUAAAGUGAAUUACUUAGUGGGUGCCCACACCAAAUCUCUGCUUGUGUAUGAAGACACUACACUUAAAUGGAUGGCUAAGACUGAGUUUGUUCCUGUACAGCUGCGAAUUGGAAACUUUAGUGGUCUAAAAGCUGGCAUUGUUGGGCUGAGUGAUUCAGGACACCUGGAGGUCAUGUACCUAGGCACAGACCCUUCUGUCUUCACACCGCCCCAGGUGGAAGCAAGGGAGAUUAACUUUGCUGCAAUGGAAGCAGAAAUGGCCAAACUGAUGAAACAUGUCAAGGCUAAAAGUACAAAUAGUGAUCCCACAUCUUGGCUGCUUGAUGAUAUGAUCACACCUUCAGUGAAGCCUGAAGAUGACUUGUCGAUCUAUGUGCAUGUCAACCCUAAUUUGGAUGAAGUUUCUAUGGCUUCUGGUAUGGACUACCAAGAUGAAGAUGGAGUUCCCUCCACUACAGUUAGGAUACAAAUGAAAUCUCGACUUCCUCUUGAGAAUGUCAAAUUAGAAAUUACUUGCCCUUGGCCCUUGGGUUGUACUCAGUCAGAAUUUAUGAUACAACGAAUUGACCCUGGCAGUCCCUCAGAAACCUUUGUUGCUGUGUUUCAAAGAUAUAAAGGUUUACCAUCACACUUGUAUGUUCAUAUAUCUGGGACUUUCACUUCAGCUGCUGGGGGAAGAUGUGUAAUUGUUACAAAAGCCAACCUGCCAACUAAACUGUUCCUCAAGCCUGUGUUUCCUGUCAAAAAUGCUGUGCAUAAAAUUACCAUUGACACCAACAGACCACCAGUCAAUUUAAAUGACAUUUUUCCUGAUAUGCUGGGCCAGAAUGAAGGAGGUCAAGGUUCUGCUCUAGGGUUUCAGUUUCUUGGUGGAGGUCCAGUUGUCUCAUUGUUGGCAUCUAAGACAUCUCAGCGCUAUAGGCUACAAAGUGACCAGUUAGAAGCCAUCUGGUUGCCACUAAGAGAGCUGGUUGGUAGGCUCAAUAAUCACUUGAAAAAAGGUCAGGGUGACUUCAGAGUGUCUUUUGAUGGUGCCCUUCCAUUGCAGGAGUACUUUGAAUUGAUUGACUUUCAUUUUGAUCUUAGACAAAGCAACCUGCAGUACAGAGAGCUGCUUUCCCAGAGGGCAGCACAGUUCAGGACCAUACAGAAAAGAUUGUUGACAAGAUUUAAAGAUAAAACCCCAGCCCCCUUACAGAACCUGGACACAUUAUUAGAGGGCACUUACAGACAGAUUCUGGCUUUAGCUGAUGCUGUGGAGGAGAACUCUCAGGCUGAAAGAUUAGCAGCCAAUAACUUAAGCAGUGCCACCUACCUGCUAAACAUUUUACUCAAGCUUUGGCUGGACAUGAGUGAUGAAGAGUUCAAAGUACUGGAAGCCACACUGUCACCAAUAGUCAGUUCUAGUGAAGAUCAGGGUUGGGAGGAGACAGUGGAUGCUUCCAUCACACACUUGCUGAGAACUGUGAUGGCCAAGUCUGCCAAAGAUCAAGCAGUCAAUCCCAGCCCGCUCACACCACCAGAGGACACCAGCAAGGUGAAAAAGCACAUUGCCUUGUUCUGUGACCGACUGGGUAAAGGAGCUCGACUGGUGGAGGGGUUGAAAGAGAACAAAGAGAAAGUGGUGAAGAAACACAGCAGUAGUUCACUAGUAGAACAGAGUGAGAUCAUUGAGGACAAGACUCCAGUGGAUGAGAUGCUGAAAGGCAAGCACAAGUCUGGGCAGAAGAAGAAGAGAGACAAAACUCUAGGCCUGCCACAGCGAGAUCAACCUUUCUCAGAAAAUUCAUUGUUGAUGAAAGAGGAAGAUGACUACAAAGCAAAGUCAAGGUUAAAGAGUCUAGUCCCUGACCUAGAUGUUUUAACUAAAGACAUGGAUGAUAUGGAUGAUAACAGUAGCAGAACAAAUGAUGAAGAUGACAGUCAUGAAAUCGUAUAUUCAUUAUAAAUCAUAAUUUUAUGUCUAACAAAAUAUAAUUCUGUACAAUUCUGUAAGAUUUUGAUUCUGAGCUGCUUUACUAUUUAACUUAAUAAACACCACUAGAUUGUCUGUCUUGUUUCAUUUCUCAUAUAACUUAGAGAUUUGUUGGAUUUGCUCUUCAGAUUGUUGAUAUACUGAUCCGGGAUCUCACCAAGAAAAGAUUUAUUAAAAUUUUUUUUUUUACUUUCUUUUAAUCAGCAACACAAAAAUUGCAUUUUUCGUAGUCUAAAAACUUUUUCAUUAUAUUAUUUUGAUAUUAUUUUGCAUUAACAAAGUAGAUAUCUAUAUCAGAAAUUAUUUU